UAUAAAUUACCUUCAGAUAUCCAUUACAGAGAAAGACGGUGUUUGUAACGGUGUUGUUUACUGAUUAAGACGCAAAUCAGCAGCGAGCUCGCGCUGAAGCAGGUGCAGGACAGUGGGCCGGUAUGUUGCUUGAUAAAGAUGGACCAAACGGCGGCGGAGGGGUCCAGAACGGCCCCGGGACAGAAGACCCUUCAGCGACCCUGUUCAGAGAAUACCUGCGGCUGAAGACCGUCCACCCAGAGCCCGACUACGAUGCUGCUGUAAGGUUCCUGGAGCGGAUAGCAGAGGAGCUGGCUUUACCCAUGAAGAAAGUGGAGGUGUGUCCGGGUCGAGUCGUUGCAAUCAUCACGUGGGUCGGCAGCCGGCCGGAGCUGAAGUCUGUGAUGCUGAACUCACACACUGAUGUGGUUCCGGUUUAUGAGGAACACUGGAAGCAUGAUCCAUUUGCUGCUGUUAAAGAUGAGCAUGGCAACAUCUACGGCAGAGGAUCUCAGGAUAUGAAAUGUGUCACGAUACAGUACAUUGAAGCCAUUCGCAGACUGAAGGCGGCUGGGAAGAGAUUUUCUCGUACUAUCCAUUUAACAUUUGUCCCAGAUGAGGAGGUCGGUGGUCACAAAGGAAUGGAGACAUUUGUGAAGCACCCUGAAUUUCAAAAGCUGAACAUUGGUUUUGCCCUUGAUGAAGGUUUGGCAAACCCAACCAAUGCCUAUACUGUCUUCUACGGAGAAAGGAACCCCUGGUGGAUCACAGUCCGCUGUCCAGGAAGUCCAGGUCAUGGUUCCAGGUUUGUGGAGAACACAGCAGCAGAGAAACUACAGCGAGUUAUAAACUCCUUCCUGGAGUUCAGAGAGAAAGAGAAACACCGGCUGAACACCAAUGAGUGUUUUACUCUGGGUGAUGUCACCACUGUUAACAUUACCAUGGUGAAAGGGGGCGUGGCUUACAACGUGAUUCCAGUGGAAAUGGAUGUCAGCUUUGACUUGAGAAUCCCGCCCACCGUUAACCUGCAGGAGUUUGAAGAGAAGAUAAAAGCCUGGUGUAAAGAAGCUGGUGAGGACGUGACAUAUGAUUUUGCACAGGUCAGAUUUAUUUUUACACACCAAACACAAUUCCAUCUGGCCUGAUCUCACAUCUGGUAAUUUCAUGUGUCUGCCAGGAGACUAUGGCCACAUACACACUGUAGAGAUUCAGGAGUGACACCUACAUUUAAAUACGGGGGUGAAUUAUCGAAAUUAU